AUGGCCAUUUUUUUGGCUCCCAUUCAUUAUAUUCGGGCGCUUCUCUUCGUCUUUGCUGUUGAGCCGCUCCUUGUCACUGCUAGUUCUCACCACAAGGCAAGUGCUCAUGAAGGCAUUCGUGCUCGCCGAAAUGCUCUUGCUUCUCCUGCGCUUUUGCCCGGUACAGGGCUGCCAAAGGCCACUGGGUAUGCUGAAUUCCUCGUGGAAACAACUAUGGAAGUAACAGGAACGACCCAACUAUUUAAUCUUUCUGAUCUUACGAUGUUUUCAACCGACUGUGCCACUGCGUUAGCUGCGACGCUGGAUUGCUCGAGUGGAAUCAGAGCACAGAGCCUGGAGUACGGUCUUACAGAAAAUGACCUCGAUGAGCUAUGCACAUCCGGCUGCUCGGGCUCGAUUGCGACAAUGCGAGAUUCCGUAAUUUCAAAUUGUGCUAAUGAUAUCUACACUGACGCCCCAUCAAACGCUACAGGGUAUGUCUACGGCACCGGUAUUUCGGACGAUAUCUAUAACGUCGAGGGGGUAGCUAAUCCUUCUACCUUUUGCUAUACGUUGCGUACAAAUGGAACUUCAAACGGCGCUGAAGUAAAUGAAUGUGGAGACUGCGGCCUCGGAAUCAUACGUAUGCAAUUGGAGAACCCUAUGGGUUAUAUUGAUGAGCUUGCCAGCCAGUAUUCUUCAUCCGCAUCUUCGUGUGGUGUCACAGUGGCCCCGAUUCCAACUCCGACGCCAGUGUUCAUGAGCGAUCAAAACACUUUUAUUGCCAAUUAUUCGAAAACACAGACAUGCACUGGAUCAUAUGUUCCAAUUCCAACUGGUAGUACCUGCGAUGAUUUUGCUGAAAGCAACUCCGUGGCCACAGAUCAGCUUUUGAGCGUCAAUGGCUUGGCUGGCGGGUGUGCGAACUGGCCUGCGGACCUCAUUGAGCUCUGUGUCCAGAACACAUGCGAGCCAUACCUUGUUCAACAGAAUGAUACAUGCCUGGGAGUUGCUUCUUCCUUCAACUUAACUCUGACUCAGCUCCUCUCCUGGAAUUUGGCGAUUGAUCCCUUCUGUGCCAAUUGGGAUAACGAGAAGGGUCACAUUAUUUGUGUCAGCAACUCUGUCGGAUAUGUUGAAGCUGACAUCGGCAGCACCACUACGGUGGAUACAGCUGCUUCUGUUCCGACCAAUAUUGGCCCGGGGUCAAACACCAACUGUGCACAGUGGUAUAAUGUCACCGAGGCAGAUACCAGUUGUGCACAGAUAUCAAUGCAAUUUGGCAUCACACUAAGCGAUUUCAACCUUCUGAAUCCUGAAAUCGUUGCAAACUGCACAAAUCUCUGGCUAGGUGAAUAUCGACUCCUUCGCCACAGAGCAACCAUAAGCAAGAGACGACUAACCGUUAUUGCAGACUCCUCCUACUGUGUACAGGCUGUGGGUGACAUUUCCACUUAUUCUGGAUACGGCGGAACGACAACCACUAGCAUGGCCACAUUCACUGCAGACCCCUCAAUGACUUGGGAUAGUCUUCCUUCAGCCACGAAGCCUUCAUAUAAAAACAUUACCACGACGACCGCUUCCUAUCCCUUAGCUAGUGGCUCGUUGACGGGGUGCUUCGAAAUGUUCGAGAACAACUUUGGGCCUAUUCCCUGCUACCAGGCAGCGUCUUUGUUUGGCGUUGACACAAUCAAUUGGGUGCGCUGGAACCCGAGUGUUCUUAAUGGGCAGAACUAUACCAUGACAGGAUGCAAACUCACAAAUGAGACUGAGUACUGUGGCUCAUUCUACAACCAGUCGUCUGUUCCCGCCACAACCUUGCCAUACGUACCCGCUCCGAUUAAUUCGACCGCCAAUGCUACAACGGAGUGCUAUGACUGGUAUGGCACUGAAGAUGGCGACUCUUGUGACUUAAUUUGCCGUGCCAACAAUAUACCGGUUUCUGCGCUCUAUAAGUGGAACCCCGCAGUCGAAUUUCUAGGUGCCGAUUGCACCAACCUAUGGAUGCAGGCUUCGUAUUGUGUCCAAGGGCCUGGAUGGGAAGAUGUGGCCUAUAACCAAACUUCCAGCGUUACCUCUACAACAACCACUGGUGAGUGGUACAUCGCCAUGGCAAAUGACACAUGCCUGGGCAUUACAAAAGAGUAUUCCAUCUCUCAGGCUCAAUUCUAUGCCUGGAAUCCAGCAAUUGGAGAGGAUUGCACUGAUCUUGAAAUUGAUGAUGCCUAUUGUGUGAAGGCCCCGACGACCAUCAGCACAACAACAACUUCUUCAGUUGCCAGCCAGACAUCCACCGGGACAAGCAUCACGCCACCAGGUCCUACACAAGCAGAUAUCCCAUCAAACUGCGAUGCAUAUGCCUUAGCCCAGACCGAUGAUGGGUGCCAAACAUUCGCCGACCGCAACAAAAUCACACUUACAAAUCUAUACAAGUGGAAUCCGGCCCUCAACAAUGCCUGUGAGAACUUUUGGGCAAAGGAGGCCUACUGUAUUGGUGUCUCGUCUUAG